GAAGAAGAAGAAGAAGAAGAAGAAGAAGAAGAAGAAGAAGAAGAAGAAGAAGAAGAAGAGGGAAUAGAAAGAGAAAGACGAAAUCGACACUACACCAUCAUCGAGUCUCUUCGUGCUGCAGACUGGUGGAUAUGGGAGAUUGCUAGUCUAGUAAUUUCUGGCGGAGCACUCAUCGCAAUGCUUCUUCUUUUGGCUUCGCUCAACGAUAAACCGCUGCCGUCGUGGACAUUCGGAGACAGCAAUUGCAUGGUUUCGCCUGGGUCGACCGGCGGCAAGUUGAUGUGUCGGCCGGUAGGCAUCUCGGUCAACGCCGUGGUUUCCUGGCUGGGAACGCUGACGCGAUUGUGCCUUUUGGUGCUACUGUCAAAUGGCCUGGGGCAAAUGAAGUGGUCGUGGCUUGCGAGACCUAAAGGGUCGAGAUCGCUUCUGCAUAUCGAGACUUUUGACUCUGCAUCGAGGGGCUCAUUGGGAAGUAUGCAGCUUCUUUGGAAGAUGAAGAAUCAGGCUCCGUGAGUUCUUCAUUCCUUUCCUUUGGGUUGUUGUUCAGUGAAGCCUGUUUUCUUGAGGGGCUUAAGUAACUUGUCUGUUUUUGUUUAUAUUCGGAUCCAGGUUGACUUACCAAAUGUUUUUUU